AUGGUCUCUCUGAUAAGCAGGAAGUUUCAUGAAGUUCCUUUGAAUGUUUUACCUUUAGAAAUGGAAGCAAAUAGAGAGAGAUAUGCUGCUGAUAUAUCUUCCAUAAAGGAAGCUCAUGAGCGUAUUAAGCCGUAUGUACACAGAACACCAGUGCUAACAUCUGAAUCGUUGAAUUCAAUCUCUGGAAGAAGCUUGUUCUUUAAGUGCGAGUGCUUUCAGAAAGGUGGAGCUUUCAAAUUCCGUGGCGCUUGCAAUGCCGUUUUAUCACUUGAUGCUGAACAAGCAGCCAAAGGGGUUGUAACACACAGCAGUGGUAACCAUGCUGCUGCAUUAUCAUUGGCUGCGAAGAUUCAGGGAAUCCCGGCGUAUAUCGUUGUACCUAAAGGUGCUCCAAAGUGCAAAGUUGACAAUGUGAUCCGGUAUGGUGGUACGGUUAUUUGGAGUGAAUCUACAAUGUCGUCUAGAGAGGAAGUAGCUUCAAAAGUUCUGCAGGAAACAGGUUCAGUUCUCAUCCACCCGUAUAAUGAUGGACGCAUUAUAAGUGGUCAGGGUACAAUUGCAUUGGAACUGCUAGAGCAAAUCCAAGAGAUGGACACUAUAAUUGUGCCGAUAAGCGGAGGUGGUUUGAUCUCUGGUGUGGCACUUGCUGCCAAAUCAAUUAAGCCUAGCAUUCGGAUUAUAGCUGCUGAACCAAAAGGAGCUGAUGAUGCGGCUCAGUCUAAGGUCGCUGGUAGAAUCAUAACUUUACCAGUGACAAAUACCAUAGCGGAUGGCCUUCGAGCUUCUCUAGGAGAUUUAACAUGGCCUGUAGUGAGAGAUCUGGUAGAUGAUGUGAUAAUUUUGGAAGACGAGGAAAUAGUUGAAGCCAUGAGAAUGUGCUACGAGAUACUGAAGGUCUCUGUGGAACCAAGUGGAGCCAUUGGCCUGGCAGCAGUUUUAUCGAACAGUUUCCGUAGUAAUCCUUCAUGGAAGGAUUGCGAAAACAUAGGGAUUGUACUCUCAGGAGGUAAUGUUGAUUUGGGUGCUCUAUGGGAUUCAUUUAGAAGUUUUAAUUGUAAACGUGAUGGAGAAGUCAGAAAGCUCAAGAGAAGUUCUAAAAUGGGAAACUCUGGACAGAGACAUACUUGCCGUCAUCUUCGGAUGCCAAACAUAGAGAAACUUGUUUUACCGUUUUGGUACUAUCACUACGGUGAUUCAGUUUGGUUUGCGUUUAGUCAAUGGAAGAAUCUUAAAACACUAAUCAUUGCUCAUGAUCACUAUGUUACCGGGCUAUUUCAGUUUCAAGCUGUGGGAGAGAGCUGCAAUAACCUAACUAACUUGAAAUAUUUGGGUUAUUUGGACACAAACAACGCUGAGAUAAUGGUGCGUCACCUCCAAAGCCUCAAGAGGUUGAGUUUUCGAUGCUCUAUCGUCAGCAAUACCGGAGUUUUAUCGCUAAUCAGUGGCCUAAUGACGAUCUUGUACAAGCCGCCGCCUCUCAAAAGCUUGACAAAUUUAUCACAUGUUCAAAAAGCGAUUGUAAGGUCUGCAAAGAACGACCAACUUACGGCAUGUGCUGGUCGUAUGACUCUAAGCAUUGGCGAAAUGAUGAGAUAA